UUGUCUAUAAUUACAAUGACCUAACCUCUUUUCUACAAUUUGCCAAUAUUUGUACACAAUAGUUAUAAACAAAUAACUCAUUUAAUGAUGAAUAUAAUAGUGUAGAGCAAAAGUAGAAUCGUCGUGUUUGUCGAACUCGUGUUAGAUAUAUGUAAAGUGUAGAGCAGUAAUUGUAGCUUUAUGACAAUUAAAAAGGAUGUUUUCUCCUAUCAAUUUAUCCUCGCCUAAGUCAUUUCAAGGAAGAAAUUUAACAGGGACUGCACGUCUUGUACGUGAUUUAGCUGCGGAUAUUCAUGGAAAUAUACAGCAAUGGAACAAGCUUCAUCUUCUAGGAGUCGAUUAUUUAAAAGACAUAACGCAGGAAAAAUGUGAUAAAAAUUAUUCCGAAAAUUUACAAGAUUUAUGUGACAAGUUAGAAAAUAUUUGUGAUAAUCUGGAUGGCAUAGUUGGAAACUUAGAUCAAAUUAAACAUCAACUAAUCAGUGUAACAGCCUUACAUAAAACUGCAGAUAAAUUGUUUAUAACAUGGCCGACAACGAAAUUUGGUGAGGUAGCAGAAACUAUAUACAAAGCAUAUCAUGUGGAAGCUAAAUUAAAACGCAAAUUACUUGAAAAUGUUGCUCACAAUUAUACAGACUCUUGGAAGAUGCUCCAUCUGGCAGCGUGGGUGUACGAGCCUUCAUUGACUGAAGAUUUAAAAGUUUUAUUAGAUUCGUUACUUAUUGAAACUGGUCAUAGGUGAUAAAAGUCAUUGUAUUUUUUUAAUUUUAAUAUAGUUAAAUAAAACAAUGGAUUGCAAUUUUA